AUGAUUAGGCAAAAUUACCACUUAUACAGUAUACACCCUAUACAGACUGUGCUAUAUGGUAACAAGUGGUGCGAAUAUCAUGUGCGCAAGGUUUGGAUAUUAACGGUCGUCUUUGAAUUUGAAUUUGGGAUAUUUCAUAAACUUAGGCAUGUUGGGAUAUUUCAUAAACAAAGACAUGUUGGGAUAUUUCAUAAACUAAGGCAUGUGGGGAUAUUUCAUAAACUAAGGCAUGUUGGGAUAUUUCAUAAACUAAGGCAUGUGAGGAUAUUUCAUAAACUAAGGCAUGUUGGGAUAUUUCAUAAACUAAGGCAUGUUGGGAUAUUUCAUAAACUAAGGCAUGUUAGGAUAUUUCAUAAACUAAGGCAUGUUGGGAUAUUUCAUAAAUUAAGGCAUGUUGGGAUAUUUCAUAAACUAAGGCAUGUUGGGAUAUUUCAUAAACUAAGGCAUGUUGGGAUAUUUCAUAAACUAAGGCAUGUUGAGAUAUUUCAUAAACUAAGGCAUGUUAGGAUAUUUCAUAAACUAAGGCAUGUUGGGAUAUUUCAUAAACUAAGGCAUGUUGGGAUAUUUCAUAAACUAAGGCAUGUUGGGAUAUUUCAUAAACUAAGGCAUGUGGGGAUAUUUCAUAAACUAAGGCAUGUUGGUAUAUUUCAUAAACAAAAACAUGUUGGGAUAUUUCAUAAA